AUGGAGCGCAAACUCUCCCAGAAAGCGCUUCGCAUGCGCCAACGCUUCAACUUCAGUCGGGGCCGAGACCGUGCAGCUACGAUGCCCCCAUCCGGUGCCACCGGUGCCCCCAGCAGCCGCCCGCGCUCCGCCACAACGCCCAUCUCGUCCCGCACGACCUCCAACUCCAGCACGGACCGGACCCGCUAUUUCCACUUUGAAGACGAACCGGGUUACUUUCGUCCUGCGUCACCGUUAAUUCACCGACAGUCCGUGUCGGAGGAUCUAGAAGACGACGUUAAACAUGCCUGCGCUUUGCUGGUUCAAAGUGUGGAUCGCGGUUUCCCAAUAUGGCCUUCUGGCCAGGGAGAACAUCGUCCGAAUACCACCACCGCUCCGAAAGAAUCCAAAUCCAGCCAGACUACCUCGAGAUUCUACUACCAGGGCGCGAGCAUGUCCCCCUCCGCCGUGGACAAUCAGAUCAAAUUACCCAGCGAUCAAAUGCAUGAUUCGGGAGUAGCCUUCCAACAUAGCGCCGCGUCCGCGGGAGCGGGUCGUUUCUACGGGUCUCAAAUCUCGACAUCGCGACAUGAGGAGACUGAUCUGGACAUCCGUGGCCGCUCACGUUCUCGCGGUCAGAGCUUUAAUACGGACGCCACGCCCGCCUCUCGAUCACGAUCGCGAUCACGCUCUCGCUCUUUCAGCCCGGACAUGUUCCCCUACAGUCCGCCGCAGGUCGACACGCUCUGGCCACACGUCAAAGACAUCUACUUCGAAUCAUCCGACGCAUUAUUCUGCGAGACGGAAACCGAGACGGAAACUGAAACCGAAAAGGAGAUUGAUGUCAACGCCCACCCUAGGACCGGCACCCUCGGCGCGGAGCGACUGACCUGGCGCCGCACGAGUCUUGACAUCCCCUGCCUCAAAACGCCCGCAAGGAUAAACGUCAACGUCACUGCCAUGCCAACAGCAGCUCCUCGCCGCUUCUACAGCACCCGACAGCCCCGCGCAAAGGGAGACGCUUAUCCCACCGCCAUCGCGGGGUGGGAUCUACCGCACAGUCGAACGCCCAGUGUAGACGACGCUUCGCUGCGCAGAUUCUCGAGUGCCGAGGAUGGCCAUGAUGAUGGAGUUGGGGUUCGAGUUCCCCAUCGGGCCUUCGACCAGGUCCGUCGGUCCGUUUCGUCGUGUGGACUCCAGGGGGUUGAUCAGCGGAGAUUGGAUCCUGGGUAUGCGAUUGAGUCGGGGGGACAAUCGCGGAGGAGGAAGGCUUCGCAUUUGCUGAAGAAGUUGACUGGAUUGAGGAGAAGGAAGGAUGGGGAGGGCGGGUUUGAGGGCCGACGUGUGGCGAUUACUGCUUGA